GCUGACCACGCCCCCAGGCCCAGCUUGGUGGGGACUGUGAAAGCGGCGAGAGGGCUGCACAGUCCGGUUGAGCAUCGGGCAGUCGUUCCCUUGAGACGCUCGUGCGGCCUGUUCGGCGGCCCUGCUGGGGAGGACUCGAACCCGCUUCGGAACUAAUAGGAAGACGUGAUUUCCAAAGCCAAUUAUGAAAACAUUUGUCAUUGGAAUUGGUGGUGUGACAAAUGGCGGGAAGACAACGCUGGCUAAGAAGUUGCAGAAACACCUUCCCAAUUGCAGCCUAAUAUCUCAGGACGACUUUUUCAAGCCAGAGUCUGAGAUAGACACAGAUGAGAAUGGAUUUUUGCAGUAUGAUGUGCUUAAAGCGCUUAACAUGGAAGAAAUGAUGUCAGCUGUUUCGCGAUGGAUGGAAAACCCAGGGCGCUCUGAGGGACCCACAGCUUUGGAAAGCGCUCAAGGGGUUCCCAUUUUAAUCAUUGAGGGGUUCCUUCUCUUUAAUUAUAAGCCACUGGACACCAUAUGGAACAGAAGUUACUUCCUGACCAUCCCGUAUGAAGAGUGUAAGAGGAGGCGGAGUACAAGGGUGUAUGAGCCUCCUGACCCUCCAGGGUACUUUGAUGGCCAUGUGUGGCCCAUGUACCUAAAGCACAGACAAGAAAUGAACACCAUCACGUGGGAGAUCAUUUACCUAGAUGGAACAAGAUCUGAAGAGGACCUCUUUUCUCAAGUGUAUGAAGAUGUCAAGCAAGAAUUAAAGAAGCAAAAUGGUUUGUGAGUAGCAGCACAAAGGUGGAAUGCAGCAAGUCCUCCUGGGAUGGAUUAAGAAACUUGAAGGACAGCAAACCCUACCUUGGGCAAAAAAGAAACAUGAAGGGAUGUGUUGAAGAACAUUAGCUGGGAUGCAGUCUGUCCUGCAGGACAGUGACGGCUCUCUUGUGUCUUUGUUCAUUUUUAUCACACUUUUCCCAAUCUGUAGAGCAAUGUGUGCCCAUGCCAGGGUUCCUCUAUAAGAAUGGAGGUCAGCCGGGCGCGGUGGUGGCGCACGCCUUUAAUCCCAGCACUCGGGAGGCAGAGGCAGGCGGAUCUCUGUGAGUUCGAGGCCAGCCUGGUCUACAAGAGCUAGUUCCUGGACAGGAACCAAAAAGCUACGGAGAAACUCUGUCUCGAAAAAAAAAAAAAAAAAAAAAAAAAAAAAAAAAAAAAAAAAAAAAAAAAAAAAAAGAAUGGAGGUCAGGUUUUCUUGACUAGGACCUAGCCUGAGAGAAAGAGUUCUGGCUAGUCCACCAGUAUUAUGUUGUGUGUUUCUGCAUUUGUGUGUAUAGUUGUUGUGUCCAUGUUAUUAUGUAUAUUUCUGUUGUAUACACACACUCAAACACUGUGAAAGGAGCCUUGUAUACUACACAGCAUUUUUUGUGUUCGUAUUGCUUAUAAUUACAAUUUGAAAAAUGCUGCUGUCUGCAAUCUCAUGGCAAUGCCCCCCACCUGCAGUCAGCAGCAUUACCCAAAAUAUUGUUUUGACAUUGACCGAGUCAGCAGUUUACUGCAGCAUCUGUGCUUUGUAGUAGCAGGUUUUCUUCUGCUUGACCAAUACUUGUGUGUCUCUGUGAGGAGACUUUUAUAUCCAUAGAAGGAUUUAGUAUGUUUUACUUGGUUUUCUGAAAAUAGCACUCUAAAUUACAAAAUCAUAGUUUUCUUCAAUCAUAUGUAAAACCAGGGCCUUUCUCUGAAAGGCACGGGCAGGGGAUAGAAAUCCUUUCAAUGCUGGGAUUAAAAUUAUGUGUAUAUAUAGGCCAGUCCUAAUUCAGAUAUGAAAUUUGUUUAUUAAUAAUAAAAUAGAUUUCCCACAAUC